AUGGCUCAGAAACUCGCUGAUGCUGAAGCGGAAGCUGUCAGGCUGAAAGAGGAAGCAGCACUAAUGAGAAGGAUAGAAGAAGAAAAGCAGCGGGUCGUUAAGGAGAAAGCAGAACGUGAAGCUGAAAUGAAACGGCAACAAGAAGAAGCAGAAUUAUACAAGUCAAUUAAAGAAGCUCGACUGGCAUUUCAAAGAAUGGAGUUGGAAAAAAAGAAUGAUGAAGAAAAAAAUAAGAGACGACUUUCAGAAAUUGAGGAGGAAGAGAAACAGGCUCGAAGGCGGUCCCGAGACGUGGCCAACAGCAUCCGAGACAAACGCAGCAGUGAGAUAUUCACCAACUUACAGAAGAAGCGACACGACCUGGAGAAACAAGCGCUGGAAGGUCAGAAAGAAGUGGAGACCAGCUGGCAAGAACAAGAGAAGAAGGCCAAGGAGGCAGAGAUCAAGAUGAGGGAGACAGCCCGUCAGGCUCGGACAGAGUACAGGGAGUCCUUGAGGAGGUCCAUGAACCUGAUGCAAGCCGUGGAUGCCUUUGCUGGGACUCCUCUAGCAGAAGGCAGCAAAGCACCAAUCCCACCCAAGAGACACAAGAAAGUCACCAGUCUCCAGGGUGGAGCCAAGAAGAUCCCUAGACCUGCCAAGCCUGAAAACCGCCAGAUGAUUGUUGACUGGUUUGUCAAAGAAGAGAAGGACAGAGUCCGAGUGCUGGAUCCUGCCACCAGAAGUAUUGUGCCAUGGUUUCACGGAAUCAUCACCCGAGCUGACAGUGAGAAACUUCUCCUGGACAAGCCCAAGGGCACUUUCCUGGUGCGGGUCAGUGAGAGGGUGUGGGGCUACACCCUGUCCUACAGGAGCGUCAACCGGUGCAAACACUUCCUGGUGGAUGCUUCAGACUCUGGCUACCAGUUUAUUGGUGCUGACCAGACGGUUCAUGAAUCUUUGGCACAUCUAGUGAAAUUUCACAAGGACAACCCAGUCACGAUCUCAGGACAGGAGAAACUCUUGUACCCGUGUGGUCAAACUUCUACUGUGCCAGAUUUCUCCGACUUGUUCAAGAAAGUAUAA